AUGGCUUCGGGCGAGGACGCUGACCAUGAAGCACAGACCGAGUCGGAGUCUCCCCACGACGUCGAAGCUGUGCCGGAGCCGCGGGACGUCGAGGCUGCACAGGCGGCCGAGAACGAGGCGGCAGACGACUCCGACGACUGGGCUGCCUUAGCCGCGGAUCAACCCGUUGAAGACACGAGCAGAACCCAGGAGAACAGCCUGUGUCCCGCCCACGCAGCUGAGUGGCUGCUCGAGCUCCGGGGCAGGCGCCCAGGGGACACGCUUCUUUUCCCGGAGCCACUAACCCUCGGUGACCGAACCUUCAGCUCGGCGUCAGUGGAACGCGACUUCCGAACUGCUUCGGGAGCUCUGCUGCUCCGGAUGGAUCCCGGUGGUUGCCGCUACAUCGUGAAGUUCGCGGACGUGCGCCAGGAGCACGCGAUGAUGCGCGCCUUGAUGGAGAUGAAUCGGCGCUGGCGCGAGCACCUGGUCAGCGUGUGCGGCCAGCCGGUUCAGACUGUUACUUACGAGAUCUACCCUAUAGGAUCUCAGGGCGGAUUGAUUGAAGCCGUUGAUGGGUGCCGGACGCUGCGUGAACUGAAGCGCCUCUGUAAUGCGGAGACUCAUCAGCGUGUUUACCGGGCUCUGGACGGGGACGCCACCAAGCUUGACACUUUGGCCGCCUCCACAGUGGCCUACCUCACUGCUUGCUAUGCGCUGGGUGUGCGGGACGGCCAUGACGACAACAUCAUGCUAAGGGAGGACGGCUCCCUCUUCCGGGUGGACUUCGGCUUCGUCUUCGGGGCCACGCCAGAGAUCGACACGCCCCAGACGGUCGUGGCCCGCGCCGUGACCCUGGCCUUGGGAGACCGGUGGAUGGAGGUCGUGGCAGCCUGUGGGGAUUCACUGACCGCCCUGACUGGCAACAGCUAUGGCAGUCCCCCUGCACUGGAGUGCUUGAGCAGCGUCCCAGAGAUGGAACCUUUUCUUCCGCUGGCGAGGCUCCACACGGCCUCCCUGAGCCUGGCAGGCUUCUGUCAGGAUGUAUCCUGCGCGGAUCAGUGGUCCUUCUCCCGGGCGGCAAAGAACACGCUGCGCGAGGCCGUCCAAUUCUUGCGGGAUCAGGCGGGGCUAGGCCCCGACUCUCCAAUGGGCCAGGCCGACAACAGCAAAGUUCUGGGAGACCUGGCAGUUUGGAUGGGAGGGACGGAUGAGGCCCAACCCGACCUUGAGGCCGACUUGGACCUGAACUUCGUCCUCGACUCGGGUGUGGAUCUGUUGGGUCUCUACCGGGUGGCACCGGAGCGCUUUUCAGCAGAUGGGAAGCCUCGCAACCUCCAGGACUUUGGGGAUCUCUUCCUCCGGCCGCUGGAGGAUAUCGCUGCCGUGGCUCGCGAGGGCCUGGUGGUGAAUGAGGCCCCGGCGGAGCCGGCGGGCCAGCCUCUGCCAGAACAGUGCGACGCGAGGCUUUUCCCACAGCCGAAGGAGCCGAGGCUUCCUCGAUGUCCUGAAGGCUUCCGAGCCCACUUCAAGCCGGCGCCCAUGAAGCCGAUCCACGGCUCCCACAGGGGUACGGCACUGCAGCCCUCGCAGGUGAGGAGAAGCACAACCGAGGACCCACAGCGCAUGCAGAAGCCAUCGCAGCCGUUUCCAGUGGACCCUCGCCCCUUGCACGGCUACGCUGCCGGCCUUGUGCCGGGCUACAUGUCGGCCCAGUACACCGCGGCCCCGUUUCCCUCGGAUUAUGCGCUGUACGGCACACCACCACGUGCAAACGUUUUCGGGCAGCCGCCCCAUGCGGCAGCAUGGGCUGCGAACGCCAGCCCAGCUCAGCAUUGUGUGCCCGAGAUGCAGCCUUUGCCGAUGAAUGACCCUUUCGCGCGGACGCCCCCGCUGUCCCCGCGAGAGUCCUUCCCUCGACUGCUCGAGGUCAUCUCCGCGGGAGGCCCUGGACAGGCUUGUGCCUUCCAAGCGGCCUCGCCCGGGUUUGCGCACCUUCAUGGCUCUUCCUCGCCGGGCUCUGCGUUGCUGACCGGCCUCCCCUACCAGUCUGCUCGCCCCAUCAGCUGUGCUGGCCGCUCACCGGAGCCACUGCACGCCGGCCCUCCUCGAAGGGCUCAGGUACCCGAGACGAGCUUGCUGCCCUGGCCAUGA